UAGGGGAAACGGUGGGCAUUCCGUCCCAGUCGCUGCCCGACUUCCUCUCCGCCCCUCUCCUCCUCUCUCCGGUCCUCCUAUUUCAACUCCCUCAGCCCCACUCUCUCCUCCUCACACUCACACACACACACACCCAGAUCUCAUUCGUAACAACUCUCUCUCUCUCUCUCUCUCUCUCGCUCGCUUUCGCUCUCGCUCUCUACCUUCCCCUGUAGAAAGCAUGGGUUCCGAUAUCCGCGUGAUCCCCGAGGAGAACUCCUUCCGGGUGUUCAUCGGGUACGACCCUCGGGAGGACGAGGCCUACCAAGUGUGCCGCCGCUCCCUCCUCCGCCGCUCCACCGUCCCCGUUUCCGUCCACCCGAUUCGCCAGUCCGAUCUCCGCUCGGCCGGUCUCUACCGGCGCGAACGUGGCCCCACCGAGAGCACCGAGUUCUCCUUCACCCGCUUCCUCACCCCCUACCUCGCCAGUUACCGCGGCUGGGCCCUCUUCGUCGACUGCGAUUUCCUCUUCCUUGCCGACACCGCCGCCCUCUUCGCCCUCCGCGACGACCGCUUCGCCGUCAUGUGCGUCCACCAUGACUACGCGCCCACCGAGACCACCAAGAUGGACGGCGCCAUCCAGACCGUCUACCCCCGCAAGAACUGGUCCUCCCUCGUCCUCUACAACUGCGCCCACCCCAAGAACGUCGCCGCCCUGACCCCCGACGCCGUCAGCACCCAGUCCGGCGCCUUCCUCCACCGCUUUGCGUGGCUCGACGACGCCGACAUCGGCGAGAUCUCCUUCGUCUGGAACUUCCUCGUCGGGCACAACCGGGUCGAUCCCGCCGAUCCCGACCGCACCGCCCCCAAGGCCAUCCACUACACCACCGGAGGGCCCUGGUUCGAGCGCUACAAGGACUGCGAGUUCGCCGACCUCUGGAUCAAAGAGUUGGAGGAAUUGAACGCCGAGAAGAAGAAUGAGAAGGCGGCAAUCCCCAAUGCUGCAUCUACUUAGGUAGUAGUAUCUAUGAGGAUCUAUAUAUCUACUAAUAAUCUCGUUGUUCCCAUUUGUCCUUUUUUAUAUUUUAACAGCAACUUUACUAGUAAUUGCUCCGUCGCAGCUUAUCUUUUGGGCUACGCGGAUGGGCAAUAACGAUAGUAGUUCAUGUCGCUGUUUUUAGGCAUUAUUCCGACUAUUAUUAUGUGUUGAUGCAGUCAGCAUCUAUAAAAUGUUUUGUUUGUAUGAUAAUUCUCUUAUAAUUAAAAGCGUAUUUCUUCUUUCUCUUGA